AAAAGAGUGCAAUGUCUGGGGAGCAUCUACGUCGUCGUUUUGACGUUCCAGAACAUCUCUCUCUUCAGGUUCUUCUUCUUCUUCUUCAAAGCUCUUUGUAUACAAACUUCGGUCUUGUAAUGCCACAGCAAGAGACCCAAUUCUACAUCGACUAAUACCCAAUUUCCAAACCAAAGAGAAAGAUCGGCCUCAAUGCCUUACCAAUUCUUCCUUUGGCCUCUGAUCACUGUUCUAUCCGCCUUAAUCCUCAGAAUCUCUCUACAAAUUUUCACCGCCAGAAGCAACCGCCACCGCGCCGUCGCAUUCUUCCACCCCUACACCAACGACGGCGGCGGCGGCGAGAGAGUGCUCUGGUGCGCCGUCAAAGCCAUCCAGGACGAAAACCCCAACCUUGACUGCGUCGUCUUCACCGGCGACCACGACUCCUCCCCUGACUCACUCACUUCCCGAGCCGUCGAUCGCUUUGGAGUCAAACUACUUCACCCACCAAAGGUGGUGCUUCUGUACAAGCGGAAAUGGAUCGAGGAAGCCACCUACCCGAGAUUGACUAUGAUCGGGCAGAGCCUGGGCUCUGUGUAUCUAUCAUGGGAAGCAUUGACCAAGUUCACUCCAGCUUACUAUUUCGACACCAGUGGGUACGCCUUUACUUACCCAAUUGCGAGGCUAUUUGGCUGCAGAGUCAUCUGCUACACACAUUACCCUACAAUCAGCUUGGACAUGCUCUCUCGGGUUCGCCAGCGGAGCUCCAUGUACAACAAUGAUGACUUCAUUGCUCGGAGCAAUUGGUUAUCGCACUGCAAGAUUGUGUACUACAAUGUGUUUAGCUGGAUGUAUGGGACUGUAGGCUCUUGUGCACAUCUUGCCAUGGUCAACUCUUCGUGGACUCAGUCCCAUAUACAGAAGCUGUGGAAGAUUCCGCAGCGAACUAAGCGUGUCUACCCUCCUUGCGAUACUUCUGGACUUCAGGUGCUUCCUUUGGAAAGACCAGCUGAUCCUGCAAAAAUCAUAUCUGUUGCUCAGUUUCGGCCAGAGAAGGCACAUGGUCUCCAACUUGAAGCCUUUGCAGUUGCAAUAGGGAAAUUAGAUGCACACUUGCCCAGACCUAAGCUGCAGUUUGUGGGUAGUUGUCGGAAUAAAUCAGAUGAGGAAAGAUUAGAACAUCUGAAAAAUAAAGCAAUUGAGCUGAAGGUGGACGGGGACGUGGAAUUUCAUAAAAAUGUCAUGUACAGGGACUUGGUGCAACUUUUGGGCGGAGCCGUUGCAGGAAUCCAUUCAAUGACAGAUGAACACUUUGGAAUAAGUGUUGUGGAGUAUAUGGGUGCAGGAGCCAUCCCAAUUGCGCACAAUUCUGCCGGCCCACAGAUGGACAUUGUUUUAGCAGAAGAUGGGGAGCAAACAGGAUUUCUUGCCCGCACUGUUGACGAAUAUGCAGAUGCCAUCCUCAGUGUCUUAAAGAUGCCAGAAACUGAUAGGCUCAAGAUGGCUGCAGCUGCAAGGCGACGGGCUGCCAGAUUUUCUGAGCAAAAAUUCUAUGAAGAUUUCAAAGCUGCAAUCUCUCCAAUACUACCCAGUAAUUCCACAUAAUGACUUAUCACAGUAUACGUGUACCUUAAUAGAAGAGAAUUUUCACUAGCCUUUAGUUUUACAAAUUUUGUAAUCCAAAGUUGGACCAGUAAUUGAGAAAAAGUUGCAAUUGGUGAUAAA